CUCUUUCAGUCACACACAAUCGAUCAAACACCCCCAAAUUUCAAGCCCUAGAAUUUUAAUUUCGCUUUCACUCAAAAAUUUCAAUGGCACCAAAGGCAGAGAAGAAGCCCGCCGAGAAGAAGCCAGCAGAAGAGAAAGCACCGGCGGAGAAGAAGCCAAAGGCCGGAAAGAAACUGCCGAAAGAAGCCGGAGCCGCCGCCGCUGAUAAGAAGAAGAAGAGAUCGAAGAAGAGCGUGGAGACGUACAAGAUCUAUAUCUUCAAGGUGUUGAAGCAGGUCCAUCCUGACAUCGGAAUCUCCAGCAAGGCAAUGGGAAUCAUGAAUAGUUUCAUUAACGAUAUCUUCGAGAAACUCGCUCAGGAGAGUUCCAGGCUUGCAAGGUACAACAAGAAGCCCACCAUCACCUCACGGGAGAUCCAGACUGCUGUGCGCCUUGUUCUUCCCGGUGAACUGGCCAAACAUGCUGUUUCUGAAGGCACAAAGGCCGUCACAAAGUUUACCAGCUCUUAGGGGUUUCAAAAUAUUAGUUGUUUUAGGGUUCCGAGCCUUUAAAUUUGUAUUUGAUUGAAUCUGUUUGUUCAGUACAAAGUUAAUGAAAUAUGAUUUGUUUCCUGUUUCUAA